UUCACAGGGACACUGCCAAAGGUGUCCAACAGUAGCGUCCGCCAGAAUAACUCUCAAUAUUUCAAUCAAACCUCCCCCUCCCUCUCCCUCCCUGCAGGAAGAGCAUCCUAUAGGCUAAUCAGGUGGCAGUUUCAAUCCAGCCUCAGCAUCCGCCGCUUCCCAGAAGAGGAGAGCAGACACACGGUGUAUGCGCGAGGUGUUUUCGUCUGCUACCAUGGUGGAAAUUUCGGAUAUCGUGUGCCUUUUCGUCCCGCUGGUGAUGCUCGCGGGCUCUACCCUACAGACGGACGGGAAGAGCGUUAAAGAGGCUGCAAAAACGGGGAAUUUCAUGGAAGACGAGCAGUGGCUGUCCACCAUUUCACAGUACAGCCGCAAGAUCAAGCACUGGAAUCGCUUCAGAGAUGAAGUAGAGGAUGAUUACGUUCGUACCUGGGAUGAAAAUCAGGGCUCUAAUGACAAUGUAGACACCACCAAGGACCCUUGUCAAAAGGUUAAGUGCAGCCGACACAAGGUUUGUAUUGCCCAGGGCUACCAGAGAGCCGUGUGUAUCAACCGCAAGAAGCUGGAACACAGCAGACUGAAGCAGCCUGCUCUUCGGUCUUCUGAUGGAAACUGUCAGCCCUGUCCCAUUUCCUCCACUGGACCUGUGUGUGGAUCAGAUGGACACAACUAUGCCUCAAAGUGCAAGCUAGAGCAGCAGGCGUGUCUUACAGGGAAGGAUCUCACCCUGAAGUGUUCAGGUCUGUGUCCUUGUCCUACUGCAGCAUCUACAACCAAGGAAGGUAAACGCGAAAGCUGUACUGGGCAGGAUCUGUCUGAUCUUGGUGAGCGUCUGAGGGAUUGGUUCCAGCUACUGCAGAACAAUGCCAAGCAGAACAACAACAGCAAACCUGGGGCCAGAGCCACUGCAGCCAGCAGCACAUCAGUGCUGGACAGGAGCCUGGUAGCCAGCUGUAAGGACUCCAUAGGCUGGAUGUUUUCCAAGCUAGACACCAAUAAUGACCUGUACCUGGAUCAGGCUGAGCUGGCUGCCAUCAACCUGGACAAGUAUGAGGUCUGCAUUCGGCCCUUUUUCAACUCCUGUGACUCCUACAGGGAUGGCAAGGUCUCCACCGCUGAAUGGUGUCUCUGCUUCUGGAGAGAGAAGCCGCCCUGCCUGGCCGAACUAGAACGGAUUCAAGUACUAGAUGGAGGCAAGAGAAAGUUUGGUCGAUUCAUCCCCAGCUGCAAUGAAGACGGCUACUACAGGAAGCAGCAGUGUGACAGGGGCGAGUGCUGGUGUGUUGACCAAAACGGAGGAGAAAUAGCCGGAUCUAGGAUUCGUGGCAAGCCAGAUUGUGAUUAUGAAGUGGCAUAUUCAGGAGAUUUUGGCAGUGGGGUCGGAUGGGAGGAUGAGGAGGAGAAAGAAGCGGAGGAGACUGCAGAAGAGGCUGAAGAGGAGGAGGGAGAAGUGGGAGAGGUCGAUGAUGGGGGAUAUAUCUGGUAAAGGGCCACUGUGUAAUUCAGCCUCUUUACAAAAGCAUCUUGAUGGUCCUAAACACACACACAUACAAAAGACACACAUGGGGAAGAAGCACUUACACUCAUAACACUUGGCUUAAGAAAACUUGAGGAGGAGGGUUAAAUAUGAACGUAAAGGUGAUUAUGGGAGUAUUUAAUGUAACAGGAUGUUCUUCAAUUAGGCAAGGGGUGGGGGGGGUGGUAUCACUACAAAGAGAUUAUGGGUCUGGAGUUGAGAUUUUUGUCCUUCAUACUUGUGAAUCUUUGUUCUCUUCUGUUGUAUGUCCUUUGAACUAUCUUUGAACAAUUUUUAGCUGAUGCAUAUUGGAGACUUUAAGAAGCUGCAGGUGCUUGUCAUGUGCUUGCAUAUAAAAAUGAGCUAGUUUGGGUGCUUUUCAGUAGUCAAAAUUGGUCUCCUUUCUUCUUUUAAAAUUUGCAGAUAAACAACAUUUCAGUAACCAGUUUUGGUUUUAAGAAGGAACUGCUGGAAAAGAGAGUAAACCACAGCAGAAUGCUGAAAAGCAGCCAUUGACUUUAUCGUUUACAUGUCAUACGCUUUGGCUCAUAUGUCACAGUAGUGCUCUGUCUCAUUCAUGACUUAUUAAGAAAACGUUUCUCACGCAUCACUCUUUACCUUGUAUAUAAUGUGUGUAUCAGAAGACAGAAAGUCACCUACUAGUAAAGGCCUUGAGAGACUAGCAGAUUAUACUGCUUAGCUGACAGUGAACAUCGUAUCAUAAUGUGCAUCGAUUAUUGUGUUUAAUAAAAAAUGAAUAAAAUAAACUUAUCUUUGUGGCACAGCUGGCCACCAUUCAUCUGAA